AUAACUUUCACCAGUUGAAAGAACUAUGUGACCUUGUUUUCGUUUGAUGGUUGAUCUGGUUCGAUUAGAGCCGUAACCUUUCUGUGACAAAUCAAGAACCAGCGUCCAUCACAACUCACUUUAAUGAGACGAUCAUACGAAGAAUUUGUGUUGCAACAUGCACAAAAACAGAGGUGAAAUGACUGACAAUUAAUGAAGAACACACCUACGUAUUGUCCCUGGUUGAGCUUGAGUGAAUGGAGUCACCGGCGGAGGAGACACCGCGAGUGGCGAAAGCGAUGGCAGCCGCCGAAUGGAGGGCACGGCCGCGCAACCGCGGUGACUGGCGCGCGCGGGGGCGGCCCGCGUGUAGCAAGUGCUGGCGCGCUCCAUUCACAGCCGAAGGCGCCCCCGCACUGUGCGCCCCGAGGCGAAUCUGUCGGGCGAAAUGGCUUCGGUUUUUCCUCUCAGUUUACGAAUUGUAUCUAG